GGGGGGUGGGGGAGGGGAAGAAAGAGAAGAAACAGAGAGUGAGGAGAGGCAGAGAGGGAGAGAGAGGGAUCUGAGCAAACUCGAGGAAGACGAUCGAGUCGAACCAAUUUUGAAAGGGAAAAUGACUAAACUUGGGGUUCUUGAUUAAUUGAAGUUGGUUAAUUCUCGAGAUUCUCAAGGGCAAAAGUUGACGAGACUGAAAGCAAGCAUUUUGAAGGCUCAAUUCAGUGGACCAUACGUUGGGUGUUCGAUAAACUUCUAGCUGCGCGGAAGGACUACUUUUUGAUAUCGGGGAUCAGCUCGGAGAACUAGGCUGACGCCAUGUCCAUGAGGAGAGCUUCAACCUCUCUUCUCUCCCAACUCACCUGUCCGAGACCCAAACCUUCUUCCCCUUCCAUUCUUUCCCGGAGCUACAUCCCCGAGUCCUGCUCCAUCUCCCAUGGCGGCCUGCUCUUCAAAACCCGCAGCAGCUUCAACUCAACCCCUUCCCGGAAUAUCGACACUCUUGCUGAGCCACCCACCUCCCUGCUCCCCUCGAGGCAGCGGAAGCUCCAGGAAAAAUCGAAGCUUGAGGAGGCCUUUGAGUCCGCGAAGACCCUCGACGACAUGCUCGGCGCGUUCAAGAUGAUGGAGUCUUCCUUCAACGAGAGGGAGCUCGGUCUGGCCGCUCUCAAGAUCGGGCUCAAGCUCGAUCAGGAUGGUGAGGACCCCGAGAAGAUCUUGGAUUAUGCUGGCCGGGCUCUGAGGGCUUUGGACGGCGACGGGAAGCCCAAUUUGCUCCUUGCCAUGACUUUGCAUUUGAUGGGUUCGGCUAAUUAUGGCCUGAAGAGGUUUAAUGACAGUUUGGGGUAUUUGAAUAGGGCGAAUCGGUUGUUGGGUCGGUUGGAGGAAGAGGGUUCGGUCGGUGUUGCAGACGUUCGCCCUGUUCAUCACGCCGUGCUGCUCGAGUUGGCGAAUGUGAAGACUGCGAUGGGGAGGAGGGAGGAAGCAAUCGGAAACCUUAGAAAGUGCUUGGAGAUUAAGGAGAUGAUGUUCGAGGAGGGCAGCGUGGAGCUGGGCAAGCCGAAUCGGGAUUUGGCGGAUGCUUAUGUUGCUGUCUUGAACUUCAAGGAGGCCCUGCCCUUCGGCCUCAAGGCCCUGGAGAUACAUAAGAAUCACUUGGGGAAUAAUUCCGUCGAGGUUGCCCAUGACAGGAGGAUUCUCGGGAUGAUCUACAGUGGAUUGGAGGAACACGAGAAGGCCCUCGAGCAGAAUGAGCUCUCUCGGAAGGUUCUCAACAAUUGGGGGAUGAGGUCUGAUCUGCUCCGAGCAGAGAUUGAGGCCGCGAAUAUUCAGAUUGCAUUGGGAAAACACGAUAAGGCGAUCGAAACCCUCAAGGCAGUGGUCCAAAAGACUGAGAAAGACAGCGAGACGCGGGCUCUGGUCUUCAUCUCCAUGGCAAAGGCCCUCACCGAGCAAGACAAGUUAGCAGACUCUAAGAGGUGCUUGGAAAUUGCGUGUGGAAUUCUCGACAAAAGAGAGACUUCCUCCCCCUCGGAAGUUGCCGAGGCUUACUCGGAGAUAUCUAUGCAGUAUGAAACCAUGAAUGAGUUUGAGCCUGCGAUAUCGUUACUUAAGCGAGCCCUCGCCCUGCUGGAGAAGCUCCCUCAGGAGCAGCACUCUGAAGGGAGUGUAUCUGCAAGAAUCGGGUGGCUUCUCCUGCUAACAGGGAAAGUUCAUCAGGCAAUUCCAUACUUGGAGGGUGCUGCAGACAGGUUGGAAGGGUGCUUCGGUUCGAAGCAUUUCGGGAUCGGUUACAUUUACAAUAACUUGGGGGCAGCUUAUUUAGAGCUUGAGCGGCCCCAGUCAGCAGCUCAGAUGUUUGCGGUGGCAAAGGAUAUUAUGGAUGUCGCGCUUGGGCCACACCAUGUAGACUCGAUCGAGGCAUGUCAAAACCUUUCAAAAGCGUACAGUGCUAUGGGAAGCUAUGCCCUAGCAAUUGAGUUUCAGCAGCGGGUAGUCGAUGCUUGGGAGAGCCAUGGGCCUUCAGCGGAAGACGAGCUCAGGGAGGCCCGACUACUGCUUGGACAGUUGAAGAAGGCCAGUGGCGGCUCUUCAAGUAAUGAGUUCUCAAAGGCCUUGCCUUUGCCCCAUGUCAGCAGCUCUUCCCGUUCGGGGCAAUCAGAUCUUCCACUUGCCCAGCGGUCAGCUUAGCUAAAAUUUUGCUCUGUGCAGAUGUCUACUAGCUCUUCAUGGACUCAGCCUUUUUUUCAGUCAAAUGAGCCCGUAGUGAAAUUAUUUAUGGAACUGUUGCUUCAUUUGGGCUUUUAUGAACCUUUCAGUUUAGCCACAAAGUUGAGGGCUUGAAUUUUGGUCAGUCAAUUAAAUUGUUGUACUUUCUGUGUAUAAUAAUUUAAGAUCGUUGCUCA